AUGGCUCGUAUACAAACAAAUCAUCUCUCUCCUCCUCAUAUAGAUUCAGAAAUGUUCGAUUUAGAAUUCAUUUCUUUCCCUUUAGAUCCGACUUCUCCGGCUUCAUCCGGUCAAAAUAAACCUCAACAUGUCCAAGACAAUCAUCAUACUCUCCAUCCUUCUUCUUCAUCUAUAGAACUUCAAUCUUCUUCGAUGACUUCUCAAUCUUCUAUGACAAACACUGAACCAUCUUCCAGUGUAUCCAACAAACGUACGAAUGAACCUCGAUUGCAAAGGAAGAGUUUAGAUACGACAGAAGCUGAAAUGAACUCGAACAUCAUCGAUGGGAAGAAUCAAUUGAUAGAUAAGAUGCAAGUUGAUCAAAAUCAUAUUGACCACACGGGGAAAACGUUUGAGGGAUUAUUGAAUACUUCUUUGUUGGAAGGAUUUGAUUCAGAUAUGUUAAAACAGCUCGAACAAAUACAUAUGCAAUCUCCUCUCAUGUUCGAUCCAUCGGGAAAUCAAUACCCUCACAUGUUCAACAACACUAUACUUGAUCCAGGUGGGAUAGGAGGGGAUGGUGGGAAUGGACAAAAUUGGAGAGGUGUAGGAGGUUUGGUCACUCCUGGACCGAGUGGUGAAAUGUUCCCUCAAAUGAGAAAUGAAAUGAUGUCCCCUAUGCAACUUGAGAUGCUUGCUCGGGAAGGUAUGGACGGUACCGAUAUGACACCAUUCGCUCCACUUCUCUCACCCGCUUUAUCCAAUCAACCUUCCAGUUCAACAUACACAUCCCCAGCUUUCACCCCUCAUCCCAUCAUAACCCGAUCUCCCCUUGAACAAUUACAAGAACAACAACGUAGGUUUCAAGAACAACUUACAGCUUUACAAGAACAACAACGUCAAUUACAACUCACAGCUGCAGCUGUGGCUGUUGCAACCGCUUCCACAUCCACUACACCCUCUCCUUUCCUAGGUGGAUCAGAUGGUGGGAGUGGUUCAAAUUCUUCAAAACCUACAGGUACUAUAUCAAAUAUGACACCUUCACCAGGAUAUUUCUCGCCUUUGACUUCUCCAGCUUUAGAAGCCUCACGAAAUCAUUAUCAUAAUUAUUCUCCUGCUUUUGGACCGAGAGGAAAUUCAAAUAGAAUCCCACAUCCACUUUCAAACAUGUCUUCACCUGCUUUAAAUCCUGUAGGAUCAUCUGGUGGUGCUCAACAAACUUUGAGUCCGGCUUUAGAACCUCAACAAAAUACAGAAAUGGAUCAAGAUUAUCUCCAAGCUUUAGUUGGGUAUUUAGAUACGAAUUCUAAUCUUCAACAAACUUCCCUUCAACCUCAAGCUCAAAUGGUUGAUCAAAUUCAAACAAUUCAAGGGAAUUAUCCUUCGAUAGGACAACAACAACAACAACAACAGAAUUUGAAUCAUUCUCAAAACCAAAAUUUAUCUUUAUCAUCUCCUAUGACAGGACCAACACCAACACAUUCAACAGGUCCUAAUAGACAAUCACUUCCACCAAAAACACGUCCUUCACCAAUGAUGAAACCUACUUCUUCUUAUAGACAACAUAACAGAAGUGGUUCUUCGACAAUACAUCCUGUAUCACCUGUCAUUUCUAAAUAUAAUGGGAAUGGGAAUGAUGGUAAUAUGAACAAUAUGGGAUAUUUACCUCCUGCAGCUAUCGAUCAAAGAGGUGUUCAAUUACAUCAAAUGCAACAACAACAACAAAGUGGUCAUUCGACAACUAGUACACCAAGUCCAGUUGAUUUAAGUCAAAUAAUGCCACCACCUCCUGUACCUAACAAUACGAAUCGAGGUGUUAUACCUAUGACACCUGCUAGUUUGAUGAAUCUUUCCAAUCGAACACAUCCUCAACCUCGUUCAACUCAAAAUCAAAAUCAAUCCCAAAUAUCUUCUUCCACUUCCAACAUGAACUCUUCUUCAAAACAAAACAUUAUGGAUAAACCUACAACAUCACGUGAACCGGAAACACGUCGUACUUCUCACAAAGCUGCCGAACAAAAACGUAGAGAUUCAUUAAAAGCAGGUUUUGACGAAUUACGUCUUCUCUUACCUGCCAUCAACACCGAAGCUAUAGAUCCAGAAACGGGUGAACCAGUACCAGGUUCUUCAGCACCUAGAUUAUUACCAAAAUCUUCUUUGGUCCCUGAUGAUAAUCCUAAUCGAGGUGUUUCAAAAGUAGCUUUGUUGAGAUUUUCGAAUGAGUAUAUAGUGAGGUUGCAUGAAAAGGUGGAGAGAAGGGAUAAGUUUGUUGAUAGGUUAAGGGGAGAAGUUAAGAGGUUGAGAGAAGGUGAUGAUGAGGAGAUUAGAGGGGAAGAAGGUGAAGAUUUAUUAGAUGUUGAUUUGACGUUGGGUGAAGAAGAUGAAUUUGGACCUCCUGAUGGGGAAGGGGAAGAAGAUGAUAGUGAAGAGGAGUGA